GAAGGAGAAGAAGAAGGAGGAGGAGGCGGAAGUCCAAGAUGGCGAUGGACGGGAUGAUGUCCACGUCCCCGGGUCUCUCCUACCAAGCAGCGGGGGAUUUCUACCCCAGAAAGUUCGGUCCGAAGCCGGACGUGGUUCCGUCCGGGGUGACGGAGCGGAAAGUGAUCCCGCUGGAUAAACCGGACAUGGUGUCGGUGGACGUCAUAAACAUCAAAGAGCCGGAUGUUCCCAUGCACAGAAAGAAGCACGAGCAAGACACCUACGUCCUGGGGACCAUUCACCCGUUCAGGAAGACGCACCGCUCCGUGUUUGGGAAGCUGCUGCAGGAAUUCCGACUGGUCUCCUCAGACAGACGGUCGUGGAGGAUCCUGCUGUUCGGAGCGCUCAACCUGCUGUGUACCGGCUGUCUGCUGAUGUGGUGCAGCUCCACCAACAGCAUGGCUUUAACCGCCUACACAUAUCUCACCAUCUUCGACCUGUUCAGUUUGAUCACCUGUCUCAUCAGCUCCUGGGUGACCAUGAAGAAGCCCAGUCAGGUCUUCUCCUUUGGGUUUGAAAGAUUGGAGGUUUUGGCCGUUUUUGCCUCUACUGUCCUGGUCCAGCUGGGAGCUCUGUUCAUCCUGAAGGAGAGUGUGGAGCGCUUCGUGGAGCAGCCUGAGGUCCACACAGGUCGGCUGUUGGUCGGGACGUUCGUGGCUCUGUUCUUCAACCUUCUGACUCUGCUGUCCAUCAGGAACAAGCCGUUCGCCUAUGUCUCAGAAGCGGCCAGCAGCAGUUGGCUCCAGGAGCACGUGGCCGACCUGAGCCGAAGGUAAGAGCAUCCCCACCUCCUCCUCCUCCUGCUCCGUCCUCCCAUCUGCUCCUCCUCCAUCAGCUCUCCUGGAGGAACCUCA